CUGCUGUGUAUUGAUCGAAUCUCCACCACUCCAGAAGACGACCGCCUGAGACAGCUGUUGUUUAUUGACGCAGUGUGGCGAAUUUUAAACGUAGGCCUAUGUAUUAAAUAUGAAGUACUAAAUUAAAUCGUAUGCAUUAGACCGCUUUUUGUAUACUGGUGCAAGAUUAUUAACAAUUUUAAUUUUAAAGAUCGGAGGAGUGCGAAUAUGAUUCUUCUUACUGUGAUGAUCAGCUGCUAGCAGCUAAGGCCUAGCUAGGUAGGCCCGGUUAAGUUAGGCUACAGUGACACCCACACAAUACCGGUACCGGAUGACAAUUGUGUACCUCCGUGGACGAUGCCUACAAAAGAUGAAGCAAUGAUGGACGCAUCGUUUUAUACCGCAAGGUAUUAUGUCAAUGACUCAUUUUUGUCAAGCAAUCAAAACGUGCAGUACUUUUUGCAGAAUAUAUAACUGAACAAAGGAACAUGGUUACUUGAAUUAAUUAUUUUUCAUAUACAGUGAGUUACAGUAUACGUUGAUUCAUUACAUGGUGACAGCCUUUGUUGGUCGUGAUGUGAUCGAGACUUGACCCCUGAUUAUUACAUAAUUUAUAGAUCAACUUGGUCUUACUUCUUGGCCUGGAUGGAGUAGGCUAUUUGACUAGCGAUACUCAGAACUUUAUUGGUGUAGACAUUAGCAGUGAAGGUAAUGAAGUCAAUGAGUGAAAUUACAGCUUUAAGGAAUCCACUAUUUUUACAAGAAUUUAUUAAUUUUAAUUUGUUUUCUGAGAAAAGUUUACAGUGAUAAAUCGCUGGUACAGCGGAAUGACCAUGGCUCACGAUUUUAUUGCUGGCUGUUUUGGAGGGGCUGCAGGGGUGUUGGUUGGCCAUCCAUUUGAUACUGUGAAAGUAAGGCUACAGGCUCAGAGCUAUCAGAAUCCCAGGUACUCAGGAAUCAUAAACUGCUUCUCAACAAUUGUACGAAAAGAGUCCGUUUUUGGUCUCUUCAAAGGAAUGUCGUCCCCCCUGCUUGGUCUUGCUUUCAUCAACGCAAUAGUCUUUGGUGUGCAGGGAAACAUUGUGAGACUAUUUGAGAAAGAAACUCUUCGUACUCAAUUUAUUGCUGGAGGAACGGCCGGGUUCUUACAGUCAUUUGUAUGUAGUCCAAUGGAACUUGCUAAAACACGUUUGCAACUUCAGGGUUAUGGAAAUGGCAAUAACGUCAAGGAGUACAAGAACUCCGUCGAUGCUAUAAUCAAAAUUUUCAAAAGAGAAGGAUUUAGAGGUUGUUUCCGAGGAUUUGGUCUGACCGUCUUUCGAGAUUCACUUGGUUAUGCUAUUUAUUUCACCGCUUUUCAAACAUACUGUCAAAUGUUUUUGGACAUAUCCAACCAAGAAUACCUAAGAGUAUGGGAACUAUUACUUGCGGGGGGUUUUAGUGGCAUGACUUCGUGGAUGACCUCCGUCCCGAUUGAUGUUAUAAAAACAAGGAUUCAGGCCGACGGUGUCCAUGGUAAAAAUAAAUUCAGUGGAGCGUUAGAUUGUGUACGUAGUGGAAUGAAGGAAGAAGGAAUAAAAGUAUUUACACGUGGACUUGGAUCCACGUUACUACGUGCCUUUCCAGUUAAUGCUGCAACUUUUGCUGUUGUUACAGUUUCACUUGAACUUAUGCGUGUUGAUGAGGAAGACAACGGAAAUGGAUAUGAUACAAAAAAAACUGAUUAAAUCCAGAAGAGCAAAGUUCUUGAUAAUAUUUGUAUCAAUUGAUUAGUGUGGAUUUGGAGAUGUAUUCUUUAGCUUUUAGAAUAAAUUGAGAUUUUUAUGGUGUACUGUAGUGGAUGUCAGAUUAAUGCCUUUACAAAGGUUCUUGAUUUGAUUUAGAAGAGUCAGAGGUUAAAAAAAUUAGCAAUCAAGUUUGAAAUCAGGGAAUAGAAUGCACAAAUAUCGAGAAUAUUUAGGCAAAUAUCAGCAUAUUACUAAUCAGGUGUAUCAUUUUUGUUAUACACUUUUUUUUUUAUAAGAACCAGUAAAAUU